AUGUUCAUCACCAUGGAAGUACGACUAGGGAAGAAACUGUUUUUGCUUUUGUUUUUAUCUCCACAGCCCAGUGAGAGUCAAAGAUUCCCCAGAAGACCAUAUCUGCCUGGCCAGCUGCCACCACCUCUACCCUACAGGCCAAGAUGGGUUCCACCAAGUCCCCCACCUCCCUAUGGCUCAAGACUUAAUUCACCACUUUUUCUUCCCUUUGUCCCAGGGCGAGUUCCACCAUCUUCUUUUUCUCGAUUUAGCCAAGCAGUCAUUCUAUCUCAACUCUUUCCAUUGGAACCUAUUAGGCAACCUCGACUCUUUCAGGGUUAUCCAAACCUACAUUUCCCACUAAGACCUUACUAUGUAGGACCUAUUAGGGUAUUAAAAUCCCCAUUUCCUCCUAUUCCUUUUUUCCUUGCUGUUUACCUUCCUAUCUCUAACCCUGAGCCCCAAAUAAAUAUCACCACUACAGAUACAACAAUCAUCACAAAUCCCCCUACCAAAACAGCAACCACCAGCACUUCCACAAAACCCACAAUGACGGUCACCUCCUCAACAGUACCUAUCUCUUCAACACCAGAGCCUGCCACCUCCACAUCAGCAGCAAUCCCCACAGCACCUACUGAAAAUACUACUGAAAUUCUCACCAAUCCUCCUCACACCAUAUUGCUCAAUGCCACUGUCCAAGUUACGACUUCCAACCAAACUACAUUAAGCAGCACAGCCUCUAAAAGUUUUUGGCAAAAACUCUUUGCCAUUUUUGGUUGAAGAUGCAAUAAAUGAUAUUUUCCAAACUGCUCUGAUAUCUUAGAAGAAAUAAACUGCAAUGAUUUUGAUGGAACCAACCCUGAUCUAACCGGCACACCAAAUAAAUAAAGUAUUCGAGCAGUAAUA